AAAGUGUUGGCCAUCGCCGGCGAGACUAUGAACCCGGAGGCGUGGCUCUGGUUCAGGGAUGUGGUGGGCGAUGGCCGCUGUCCAGUGGUCGACAGCUAUUGGCAGACAGAGACUGGCGGACCAAUGAUCACGAGCCUACCGGGUGCCACCCCUAUGAAACCGGGUUCAGUUUCCCUGCCAUUCUUUGGUGUAGUGCCGGCGAUACUGGACUCGGAUGGCCGGGAACUGGAGGGCGCGGCCACCGGGCAGUUGGUGUUCAAGAGCGCGUGGCCGGGCAUCGCCCGUACCAUCGAUGGCCAACACGAC